AUGAAGUUUAAAUACGAAGAUCAUGAAAAACUAAAAAUUGCAGGAAUUGGACCUGAUUCUAAGCAGACAAUAGAGCAAGGUGAUAACCCAGAGCAAGAGCCGAAGUAUGUUAGGGAACUUCUCGUCUCUGCUUAUGAUAAGCACAUUUCUGCAAGGCUGAAAGUUGAGCUGUGCAGUUCCGAUGUCAAUAAUUACAAUUAUGCAAAAAAUGCUUCCACGAGGCGUAACGUGAAGUCAGAACAAUGGUGCACAAGUUGGUGGCAUCAGUUCAAGGUGCUGCUUCUAAGAGGGCUAAGAGAGCGGCGGUUUGAAGCCUUCAACAGGCUAAGAAUCUUCCAAGUGAUAAGUGUCGCCGUACUUGGCGGACUCCUAUGGUGGCAUACCCCGACAUCCCACAUUGAAGAUCGCAUUGCCAUGCUUUUCUUCUUCUCCGUGUUCUGGGGCUUCUACCCACUUUACAAUGCUGUGUUCACUUUUCCCCAAGAAAGAAGAAUGCUAAUAAAGGAACGAUCUUCUGGAAUGUACCGCCUCUCCUCUUAUUUUCUAGCUAGAACAUUCGGAGACCUGCCACUGGAGCUUGCACUCCCAACUGCCUUUACCUUCAUAAUCUACUGGAUGGGUGGACUAAAACCCAAUGCUGUCACUUUCCUCCUUUCCCUUUUAGUUGUUCUGUACAGUGUCCUUGUCUCCCAAAGUCUUGGCUUAGCCAUAGGGGCGAUACUUAUGGAUGUAAAACAAGCCACUACUCUAGCCUCCGUUACAACCCUUGCGUUCCUCAUUGCUGGAGGGUACUAUAUUCAACAAAUCCCUCCUUUCAUAGUCUGGUUAAAGUACUUGAGCUACAGUUACUAUUGUUACAAGCUUCUCCUUGGGGUUCAGUACAAUGUGGAUGACUACUACGAGUGCUCAAAAGGAAUCUAUUGCCGGGUUGCAGAUUUUCCUGCCAUUAAGUCAGUAGGCCUAAACAACUUGUGGAUAGAUGUGGCCAUCAUGGCACUGAUGUUGGUGGGCUAUCGGCUCAUUGCUUAUAUAGCAUUGCAGCGGGUAAUAUAAUGCAAUUUUUAUCAGAGGACCCAAUUUGGCAAAGAAGCCACUUUGAAAAGUUCUCUCUUUCUUUAACUAAGGAAUAAUGUUAGAUAUAGAUGAGAAUCGAGUUGACAAUUUUGAUCACUUCCUUCUAAGAAUCACAUGUACUCCCUUUGGUGAUGGUCAAAUAAUACUAAUGAGGAAAUGUAAUUUUCUGGAUAAUGAAUGAAUCUCCAAU